CAUUGGUUUGACGUCGACAAGGGUGGUGCGCUUUAAAAGUUCACCUCCGUCGUUUUGUCGUUGUCGCGAUCAUAUUUCUUUGUUUUGUAUAAUUUUAUAUCUCAUAAAGUCGUGAGUACGUUAACUAUUAUUGUGUGCCAGAAAUGGAUGCACAAAAGCUUACUGAAUUGCUCCGGGCAACAAUCGAACCGAAUCCCGAGCAGCGAAAAGCAGCGGAAGACCAACUGGCACAAAUACACAAAAUAAUUGGAUUUGUACCGACAAUAUUGCAAAUCGUUAUGCAAAAUAAUGUAGAUCAACCAGUACGACAAGCCGGAGCGAUUUACCUUAAAAAUCUCAUAACGAACAGCUGGUCAGAUCAUGAGUCGAAAGCGGGUGAACCAAUACCUUUCUCUAUUCAUGAACAGGAUCGUGCUAUGAUCCGUGGGUCAAUUGUGGAUGCAAUCGUGCACGCUCCAGACAUUAUCAAAGUACAACUAGCCGUAUGUGUGAAUCACAUUAUUAGGAACGAUUUUCCAGGUCGUUGGCCCCAAGUAGUCGACAAUAUCAGCAUUUAUCUUCAAAAUCCAGAUGUAAAUGGAUGGAAUGGCGCUCUGGUUACUAUGUAUCAAUUAGUGAAAACUUAUGAAUAUAAGCGUUCUGAAGAGCGCAUUCCCUUAAAUGAAGCAAUGAAUCUUCUUCUUCCAAUGAUCUACCAACUUAUGGUUAACUUGAUGAAUGAUCAAUCUGAGCAGUCGAUGCUACUUCAAAAACAAAUAUUAAAAAUCUACUACGCCUUAACUCAGUACACACUGCCAUUGGAUCUGAUCACUAAAGAAACAUUCUCGCAGUGGAUGGAGAUAUGCCGGCAAAUUGCUGAAAGACCAAUACCAGAUUGUUCCCAUAUAGAUGAUGAGGAGAAACCUGAAUUUCCUUGGUGGAAAGUCAAAAAAUGGGCCUUACAUAUAAUAGUGCGAAUGUUUGAACGUUACGGUAGUCCACGAAAUGUAGUGAGUGAGAAAUAUCAAAAAUUUGCAGAAUGGUACCUUCCAACAUUUACAUCCGGAAUUUUGGAUGUACUACUAAAGAUUCUUGACCAGUAUAGAAAUCACAUUUACGUUUCUCCUCGUGUUCUUACCGACAUUUUAUCUUAUUUAAAAAACGCUGUAAGUCAUGCAUAUUCUUGGAAAUUAAUAAAACCUCACAUGGUAGCCAUAGUACAAGACGUACUAUUUCCUAUUAUGUCUUUUACUGAUGCCGACCAAGAAUUGUGGGAGACGGAUCCUCAUGAAUAUUUGAGGUUAAAGUUCGAUAUAUUUGAGGACUAUGCAACACCGGUACCAGCAGCGCAAUCUCUGUUACAUACAGUUUGUAAGAAACGGAAAGGUAUCCUGCCAAAGGCCAUGAAUAUAAUAAUGCAGAUCAUAACCUCACCAAAUGCGGAUAAUAAACAAAAGGACGGUGCAUUGCAUAUGAUUGGAACCUUAGCCGACGUGUUGCUUAAGAAACGUAUUUAUCGUGACCAAGUGGAAACUAUGUUAACUACAUACGUCUUUCCUGAGUUCCAAAAUCCAGCCGGUCAUAUGCGCGCCCGAGCUUGUUGGGUGCUGCAUUACUUCUGCGAAAUUCAAUUGAAGAACCCACAGGUGCUAGCGGAAAUCAUGCGUUUGAAUAUACAUGCAUUGCUCAAUGAUAAAGAGCUUCCAGUCAAGGUCGAAGCCGCCAUUGGCUUACAAAUGUUCUUAUCAACAAAUGAUGAUGCAGCACAAUACGUGGAGAGCCAAAUAAAGGAAAUAACGAAGGAGCUAUUAACAAUUAUACGUGAAACCGAAAACGAAGAUCUAACGAAUGUUAUGCAAAAAAUUAUGUGCACAUUUACUACUCAGCUCCUGCCUGUGGCCAUGGAAAUAUGCCAGCAUUUGGCUACCACCUUUAGCCAAGUACUUGAAUCGGAAGAAAAUUCAGACGAAAAAGCCAUAACAGCAAUGGGAUUAUUAAAUACGAUAGAAACCUUAUUAACUGUUAUGGAAGAUCAUCCCGAUGUCUUAUUAAAUUUGCAUCCUAUUGUUAUUAAUGUGGUUGGCCAUAUAUUCCAGAAUAAUAUUACCGACUUUUACGAGGAGACAUUCUCAUUAGUUUUCGAUUUAACGUCAAAGGCAAUUUCCCCAGAAAUGUGGCAGAUGAUGGAACUAAUUUAUCAAGUUUUCAAAAAGGAUGGAAUUGAUUAUUUUAUUGAUAUAAUGCCGGCAUUGCAUAAUUAUGUUACUGUCGAUACGCCAGCUUUCCUUUCCAACCCUAAUAGACUCUUGGCUAUGUUCGAUAUGUGCAAAACGAUGUUAACUACUAAUCCUGGCGAAGACCCAGAAUGUCAUGCCGCUAAGCUGCUUGAAGUUAUAAUUUUACAAUGUAAGGGUCAGAUUGACUCUGUAAUUCCGAUGUUUGUUGAAUUGGCUUUAUCACGGCUCACUCGCGAAGUUCAAUCAUCUGAACUUCGUACUAUGUGUUUACAGGUGGUUAUUGCUGCGCUUUAUUAUAAUCCACAACUUUUAUUGACCGUAUUGGAAAAAAUGUCACAGCCAAACAAUGAAUCGAUUUCAUCACAUUUCAUAAAGCAAUGGCUUCAUGAUACUGACUGUUUUCUGGGAAUUCAUGAUCGCAAAUUGUGUGUUCUCGGGUUAUGUACCCUGAUUUCACUGGGAGACGCCAAACCGCCAGUUCUCAGUGAGGUAGCUGCUAAAAUCAUACCCAAUCUUAUUCUACUUUUCGAUGGACUUAAACGUGCAUAUGAAUCACGUGCACAAGAGGAAGAAGAUGAGGAGGAAGAAGAAGAUGAAGAUGAUUGUGAAGUAGAGGCACUGUCUAGUGACGAAGAUGAAGUUGACGAAUUUGCAUCCAACUAUCUGGAACAAAUUGCUGAAAUAUCUAAAACAAAGGCUGCAGAAGCAGGUUUUGAAAUGAAGGCUGAGAUAAAAGAUGAUGAAGAUUCAGAUGAUGAGGAAGAGGAAUCUGUUGAUGAUCUUAAUGAAACUGCUCUUGAAGGCUUUACCACGCCCAUCGAUGAUGAAGAAGAGGAUUCUGCUAUUGAUGAAUAUGUUACUUUCAAAGAAGUAUUUUCAGCAUUGUCCAGUCAAGAUCCGGCAUGGUAUGCACUUUUAACAACCGGCCUCACAACUGAACAAACGAAAGCCCUCCAGGAGAUUGUGGUAACCGCCGAUCAGAGAAAAGCGGCUAAAGAAUCAAAAAUUAUUGAAAAGCGGGGAGGUUUUGCAUUUCCACAACAAACCGUACCCACUUCAUUCAAAUUUGGCUCCUAAUACUGAUCUACAACAAUACAACAGUGUGUGAAAUUUAUUUCAAGAAUAUAAAAAAAAAAUUAUUUUCAACAGGCAUGAUAUAGAAUUUUUAAGAUGAUAUGCAUUAAAAGAAUAUAAAUGAUAUAAAGAUCGGUGCAAAAUAUUGUAAUUAUAAAGUGAUUUAUCAAGACCAUGCACAUUUUAUAUUAACUUGUAUUAUUUAAAUAUUUUCCAUAAAAGAGACUCGAUCAUUAAGAUUCUUAUAGUUUUCUACUAAUGAAAUUACAAAACGCAGAAAUGGAUUUUAUGCAGCUAUUUGCGACAGUUUCAUAUGGUCUCUUAUGUAUAUUACUGAAGCAUACAUACAGAUAUAAAUAAAAGCUGGUAGUGACGUGGUGAAAAACUACGAGUGUUCUGAAGCACUUUUGAACCUAUAAACAAUACCAAAUUAGUUAAAAUAAAUAAGUA